UUUAAUAUUUUCAGACAAUAUAAUAUCUAUUGAUUUAAAAUCAAAAUGGAAGAAUCUAAGGAAAAAAACAAAAAAUAUUCUAGAAGAAAAUUGGAAUAAAACUCGUGGAAUAACUCAAGUAGGACCAAAACCAGGUUCUUAUCUUGACUAUCCGGGAAACGAUAUUAUAAAAAUAAACAAAAACAAACAACUAUGGGAUUUGUACUAUAAGUGUUUAGAAGAGCUUCUUAAAAGUAUUAACAAAAAUAAUAUUUUCCAAGCAAAAGUAAUAACUACAUUUAGAAGCUCAUCUUUAAGGUAAUAGAUUCAACGUAUUUAAUUCUUAAUUAAUGUAAUAAUUCACAGUAUAAUAACUAUGUAUGUUAAUCGAGUAAACUUCAGAAAUGACUGGACAAAACAUGAACUGAUGUCAUAUUUUGAUUUUUCAGUUAGGGUAUAGAAAAACCAGGGUGAGAAACAGUUAUGAAAAUAAUUGAAUUUUAUGACAAUUGUUAAUAUUUAUUUUAUAUUGUAUUGAUUGUGGUACCAAAUCAGUUGAACAUUGAUUAAUCUUACAUUAUUGAUAUACAAUUGCUAUGGUUUUUCCCAAAAUUAUGUAGGUCACAACUAGGUUUUCAUAAACAAAUGUAAAAUAAAUAUGACAUUUUGUCACUAAACUAAACACAUAUAUAUUAAAUAUAUUCAGUUCAGUGUAUUUUGCCCGAGUACUGCAGUUCACGUCUUGCCGGGAACUUCCGAGGUUUGUCUGAUUUUGACUAUUGCCCAUAACAUAUAUAAUAAUAAAUAAUUUCCUUAUUAUCAAUAGCUUAGAAUGUGAACUAUGCAUUUCGCCUAAUGAUGUGUAUCAUAAAAAUGUAUGGUACUAUUCAUGGAUAGGGAAUUCAAAUAAUUUAAGCUUAAUAGAAGAAAAUGAUUAUUUUAAAGUUUCAUCAUUAGACUUGUCUUUAACAAUAAUUAAUAUGGAUGAAUCUAAAAGUGGUUUCUAUCAAUGUAAAUUAUCUAAUAGUGAAGCAGGGCCUUACUUUAUUGAACUUAUUAAUGAUAAUAAAGAGCUGAUAAUUGAUAUGAACAAUACUAACUUUUUAAACUAUACAACAAGUGGAAAAAUAACUAUAGAAGAUGUCAAUUUGAAAAUUUGGAAUCAAUGGACCCAGUGGUCAUUAUGUAGCAAAUGUGAUGUGAUGGGUAAAAAAAUUAAAUUUGGUCAUUGUAUUGUAUCAUUAAAAGACAAUAUCAUUAAUGAAGGAAAUAUUAAAUAUAAAAAGAACAGAAAGAAAAUACAAGUUUUACAAAGAUUAAUGUCUGCUUUUGAUACUGGUUUACCAUGUGAAAGCAGUCUAUUAGAUUUAUAUGGUUAUUAUGGUAUUACAAUAACGAAUAAAGCAAUAAGAGUAAUGAUUGAACAUUGCCAAGUAAAAUGUAAUAAUGAUGAUAUAUUUGAGAUAAAAGAUAUGCAGGGAAACAUAAAAGAAAAAGUUAAUAAUUCUGCUGGUAUAUAUUCACCAUUUCAAAUAAUACCGGAAUUGCCACCAAAAGUAGAAACUUCAGUGAUAAUAACAUUUUUAAACGAACAACUAACUAUUACAUGUCCUGGAAAUUUAAAUUCAGAUGCUCCAUAUGAAUGGAAGGUAAAUAACCAGAUUAUUGUAUCAUCUAAUGAACGAAUAGCGGUUGAUAUAUUAAAUAGACUAACCAUCAAAAAUACUACUGAAGAAGAUGAAAUGAUAUUUACGUGUUGGCAAGUUGAUGACCUAGCUGGAAUAGUGGAGAUAAAAUUAAUUAAAGAACUAAACAUUUCAAAUCAAAAAGAUAUAUAUUUUUAUGCGGUUUUUGUUGUCUUAGGAAUUUUUGUAUGGAUUGGAUUUAAAAUGUUUUUUGAUAGAGAAGCAGCAUAUUCUAAGUAUUAAUACAAUUUAUUUAACAUGUUUUUUUAUGAAAACAAUAAUUAUUAAUAU